AUGUCUGGGACCAAACAACCCCAUCAGGAGCAUCCAGACUCUGAUUUGGACGAAACAUCGGAGGAGCUGACAGAGGUGGUGUGUCUGGAGUCAGACCUGCAGGAUGGACAGAUGAUGGAGGUUGAAGUGGGACAUCACAGCGUGCUGUUGACACGCAGCGAGGGCAAAUACAGUGCCAUCGGUAACCAGUGCACACACUAUGGAGCUCCACUCAGCAGAGGGGUCAUUUCAGGCCACACAGUGCGCUGCCCGUGGCAUGGCGCCUGUUUCAACUUGCAAACAGGGGACCUGGAGGAAUACCCCGGCAUGGACUGUUUACCCUGCCACAAGGUUAAAAUUCAAAACAGCAAAGUGUAUGUGUCUAUAAACAAAAAGACUCUCUGGCAGGAGAAAAGAGUCAAAGGUAUGGGAGGCGCAGUACCAGGAGUUACUCACACUAUUCUGCUGCUGGGAGGAGGAGCUGCGUCCCUGAUCUGUGCUGAGACUCUGCGGCAAGAAAACUUUGGCGGCAGAAUCAUCAUGAUCACCAGAGACGACCUUUUACCUUACGACAAAACACGACUCAGCAAGGUAAUGAAUGUUGAGAGCGACAGUAUUCUGCUGAGGAGGAUGGAGUUUUUUCAUCAGCACGACAUCGAGGUGUGGCUCAGGAAGGAGGCGGUGUCAGUGGACACAGACAAGAAGACAGUCACAUUUGAUGAUGGUUCAGUCCAAAGCUAUGACCAGCUCCUUAUCUCAACAGGCUGCAGAGCAAAGGGUCUGGAUGUGCCCGGCAUGAAGUUGGACAACGUCAGGAUGUUGGAGACACCAGAGGACGCCCGACAAAUCCACACAGCCUGUCUGGGCUGCAAUGUUGUCCUUGUGGGAACCUCUUUUGUUGGUAUGGAAGUUGCAUCUUAUUUGAUAGACAAAGCCUCCAGUAUCACAGUGAUCGGCAGCAGUGAGCUGCCAUACCAAAACACACUGGGCAAAGAAAUUGGCAAAGUUACCAUGACGAUGCUGUCAGAGAAAAACGUGAGAUUCUACAUGAAUGACAAUGUGACGGAGGUCAGAGGUGUGGACGGCAAGGUGAAGGAGGUUGUGCUUAAAAGUGGAAAAGUUAUCCCAGCGGAUGUUUUGAUUGUUGGUAUUGGCAUCAAACCAAACUCAGAGUUUCUGCGGGGCAGCAAAAUACAGAUGGACUCUAAAAACUUUGUAACAGUUGACAAGUACAUGCGCACCAACGUCCCCAGUGUGUUCUGUGGGGGCGACCUGGCCACCUUCCCCCUGGCGAUGGCCAGAAACCAGCUGGUCAACAUCGGACACUGGCAGAUGGCACAAGCACAUGGGAGGAUAGCAGCUCUGAACAUGCUGGAUAAAAAGACUGAGCUCAGCUCAGUUCCUUUCUACUGGACCGUCCUACUGGGUAAAACCAUCCGAUAUGCAGGAUAUGGGGAGGGAUACACUGAAAUAGUAAUGAAAGGAAAAUUUGAGGACAGGAAGUUCCUGGCAUUGUACAUCAAGAACGAUGAGGUCAUAGCAGCAGCGAGCCUAAACUACGACCCAGCAGUGUCUGCAGUAGCUGAGAGAUUUGCUACAGGAAAAACCAUCACGAAGAAAGAGGCUGAAUCAGAGGACCUGAGCUGGCUCCAGUUGUCCCGAUCUACACUUUCCUCCACUGUCAACACGUCGUCUGUACAGUGUUGA